AUGGACGUGGACAUGGACGUGGACGUGGACAUGGACGUGGACGUGGAGGUCGACGUGGACGUGGACGUGGACGUGGAGGUGGACGUGGACGUGGAGGUGGACGUGGACGUGGAGGUGGACGUGGAGUGGACGUGGACGUGGACGUGGACGUGGACGUGGACGUGGACGUUGGACGUGGACGUGGACGUGGACGUUGACGUGGAGGUGGACGUGGACGUGGACAUGGAGGUGGACGUGGACGUGGACGUGGACAUGGACGUGGACAUGGACGUGGACGUGGACGUGGACAUGGACGUGGACAUGGACGUGGACGUGGACGUGGACGUGGACGUGGACGACGUGGACGUGGACGUGGACGUGGACGUGGACGUGGAGAACUUGGACGUGGACAUGGACGUGAACGUGGACGUGGACGUGGACGUGGAGGACUUGGACGUGGACAUGGACGUGGACGUGGACGUGGACAUGGACGUGGACGUGGACGUGGACGUGGACGUGGACGUGGACAUGGACGUGGACGUGAACAAGACACGUGGACGUGGAGGUGGACGUGGAGGUGGACGUGGAGGUGGAGGUGGACGUGGAGGUGGACAUGGAGUGGACAUCGACGUCGACGUCGACGUGGACGUGGACGUGGACGUGGACGUGGACGUGGACGUGGACGUGGACAUGGACGUGGACAUGGACGUGGACGUGGACGUGGACGUGGACAUGGACGUGGACGUAGACGUAGACGUGGACGUGGACGUGGACAUGGACGUGGACGUGGACGUGGACGUGGACGUGGAGGACGUGGACGUGGACGUGGACGUGGACGUGGACGUGGACGUGGAGAACUUGGACGUGGACAUGGACGUGAACGUGGACGUGGACGUGGAGGACUUGGACGUGGACAUGGACGUGGACGUGGAGUGGACGUGGACGUGGACGUGGACGUGGACGUGGACGUGGACGUGGACAUGGACGUGGACAUGGACGUGGACGUGGACGUGGACAUGGACGUGGACAUGGACGUGGACGUGGACGUGGACAUGGACGUGGACGUGGAGUGGACGUGGAGUGGACGUGGACGUGGACAUGGACGUGGACGUGGACGUGGACGUGGACGUGGACGUGGACGUGGAGGACGUGGACGUGGACGUGGACGUGGACGUGGACGUGGACAUGGACGUGAACGUGGACGUGGACGUGGACGUGGAGGACUUGGACGUGGACAUGGACGUGGACGUGGACGUGGACAUGGACGUGGACAUGGACGUGGACGUGGACGUGGACGUGGACGUGGACGUGGACAUGGACGUGGACGUGGACGUGGACGUGGACGUGGACAUGGACUUGGACAUGGACGUGGACGUGGACGUGGACGUGGACAUGGACGUGGACGUGGACAUGGUCGUGGACGUGGACGUGGACGUGGACGUGGACAUGGACGUGGACGACGUGGACGUAGACGUGGACGUGGACGUGGACAUGGACGUGGACGUGGACGUGGACGUGGACGUGGACGUGGACGUGGACGUGGAGGACGUGGACGUGGACGUGGACGUGGACAUGGAGAACUUGGACGUGGACAUGGACGUGAACGUGGACGUGGACGUGGACGUGGAGGACUUGGACGUGGACAUGGACGUGGACGUGGACGUGGACAUGGACGUGGACGUGGACGUGGACGUGGACGUGGACGUGGACAUGGACGUGGACGUGGACGUGGACGUGGACGUGGACAUGGACCUGGACAUGGACGUGGUCGUGGACGUGGACGUGGACAUGGACGUGGACGUGGACAUGGUCGUGGACGUGGACGUGGACGUGGAGGUGGACGUGGAGGUGGACGUGGACGUGGACGUGGACGUGGACGUGGACGUGGACAUGGACGUGGACGUGGACAUGGACGUGGACAUGGACGUGGACGUGGACAUGGACGUGGACGUGGACGUGGACGUGGACGUGGACGUGGACAUGGACGUGGACGUGGACAUGGACGUGGACGUGGACGUGGACGUGGACGUGAACAUGGACGUGGACGUGAACAUGGACGUGGACAUGGACGUGGACGUGGACAUGGACGUGGACGUGAACAUGGACGUGGACAUGGACGUGGACGUGGACAUGGACGUGGACGUGGACGUGGACAUGGACGUGGACGUGAACAUGGACGUGGACAUGGACGUGGACGUGGACGUGGACGUGGACGUGGACGUGGACGUGGACGUGGAGGUGGACGUGGACGUGGAGGUGGACGUGGAGUGGACGUGGACGUGGACGUGGACGUGGACGUGGACAUGGACGUGGACAUGGACGUGGACGUGGACGUGGACAUGGACGUGGACGUGGACGUGGACGUGGACGUGGACGUGGACAUGGACGUGGACGUGA